AUGGGCGAAGCCUCGCUGUCCCUAAUCCUCAGCUCCAAGGCUGCAUUCGCGCGAGACAUCCCCUCCAACGUGGCCGCCUUCUACGUGCACGCCAAAAACGCCGGGACCUGCUCUGGCUCGGACCUCCUGCAGGGCGGGUUCCACGACACCGACGACGGACCGACCUCCUACGGCUACUGCAAUCGCUACAUGGGCGACACUGGUUUCUACCUGAAAGGCCCCAACAAAGAGCUCGUGAACAUGGACAUCGACUGCGACGGGGAACAAACCUCCGGCGACGGGCGCUGCGGCAGCUCCGAGGACACGCAGGGUCAGACAGCGUUCCAGGAGGAAGUAUCUCAGUACGGGAUCAGCGACCUGAACGCGUAUAUCCACCCGUAUGUGGUGCUAGGGAACGAAGGCAACUACGACCCCACGUUUGACCCUCGCGAGCACGGCGUCGAGCCGCUGAGUAUCGUGGCGGUGGUGUGCAAUGGCAAGCUGGUGUAUGGGAUCUGGGGCGAUACGAACGGCGACGAUGGCAAGCCAUUGGUGGGGGAGGCGAGUCUGGCGACGGCGACGGCGUGCUUUGGCGAGGAGAUGAAUGGCGACAAUGGCCAUGACGAGAAGGAUGUGUUGUAUAUUGCGUUUUCAGGCAAGGAGGCGGUCCCCGGGGAUAAGGCGAAGUGGGACGCCGAGAGCUACGACGAGUUCGAGGAGAGUAUUGCGGAGUUGGGCGAUAAGUUGGUCGCGGGGUUGGGGAAGGGCAUGGUUUCGGGGUUCCAUUCGAACGCGACGUCUGCGCGGAUGCGUCGGUUUCAUGUCUAG